GAUCAUGGGCUUCCUAUUGGUGGUCCUGGACCUGUUAUCAGUGUCGACGGCAAAAAUGUAUGGGAGGAUGCAAAUGGCAUGUCAGAACUUCAUGGUCCCGGUCCAGUGGUGAGUGGCAGUGGAAUCGGCCGGGUUUUCCCGCCACGGAGUGGUCAACUUCCUAUUGGAGGUCCCGGUCCAGUUGUGAGUGGCAGUGGAAUCGGAGGUAAGCGUAUUCAAAUAUUCAUGACACCACUGUCUUGCCAUCUAGUAUGA